AUGUCGCUUUCUAAAUGGUCCGUAUUUUUCUUUUCUUUCGAGUUUCAUGGUGUUCUGUUCUUUGAUUUCCCUUGUAACUUGUUCAAUAUAACUGGUAACUCUACUGGAAAUACAGUGAUCAGAUUGUGUUGCCCUAAUGGCCAUGGUUUGUAUGAUGAAAAACUAACACUUCUUCUUUUGAAGUCCCCAACGCUCUCACUUGUCGAGGAUGAGAAGAUUGGGUUUCAUGUUUUAUCUGCUCUGUUUCGUGGUUUAUGUGGAGGCACGUUUAAGUACAGGGAGCAGCAGUUACGGUUUAUUAGAUUCUCCAGAGGUACUUGUGAUCCGAGAGUCACUCUGCUAUCAAUUGCCAGAGAAUACGGUUUCCCGCCAGUAUUUGCGCAUAGUUGGAAAGGGGAUGACCCUUGUCAGAACUGGUAUGGGAUCAGCUGUUUAGAAGGUAACAUCACGUCCAUCACAUUUAUCUCCAUGAAUCUGACCGGUAACAUCUCUCGGAGGUUUGCAGAUCUCACCUCUCUUAAGGUGCUUGAUCUUUCACAUAAUCAUCUCACCGGGACCAUUCCUAUGGAGCUGUUUACGUUGAAGAACUUGGAAAUUCUUGAUGUUUCUUAUAAUCAGCUACAUGGAAAAGUGCCACAGAUUUGGAAUAUCGUUAUAGACACGGUAGGGAAUCCACAGAUGGAUGUUUCUUGGAACACAAGGAACAAGAAAAUAUCAGUUGUUGAGGGACUUCUAAUUGGGGCUGUCGUCGUUUGUUUGGUUAUCAUUGGAGGAAUCGGUAUUGCUCUGUAUUUGGCUGUGAGAAAGAAUCAAUCUAACAGGCUGACAGAGCCGAUUGAAACUCAGCAAUCUGGUGUCGAUAUUGAGAUCAUGGAAACAGAGAACAAUGUGAUUUCGUAUCAGAUUCUGAGGGAUGCCACGGAUGACUUUGGCGAUCAUAAUAUCAUUGGUAGAGGUGGAUUCAGAACGGUUUAUAAGGGUAAAAUGCGGGACGGCAUAGAGAUUGCGGUGAAGAGGAUGGAUCAAUCGUCUAUUGGCGGAAAAGGUAUCGAUGAGUUCGAAGCUGAGGUUAGCGUGCUAACUAAGGUUAAUCAUCGUAACCUUGUGGGUCUCCAUGGGUAUUGUCUUCAAGGAAAUGAGAGGCUUUUGGUAUACCACUACAUGCGACAGGGGACCUUAAGUAGACAUCUUUUUGACUGGGAGGAUGAAGGUCUGAAACAACUCGACUGGACUACACGGCUUACCAUUGCAUUGGAUGUUGCUAGAGGGUUAGAGUAUCUGCAUACGUUGGCUCGGCAAAAUCAAAGCUACAUCCACAGAGACCUAAAACCGACAAACAUUCUGCUGGGAGACAAUAUGCGAGCCAAGGUAUCCGAUUUUGGUUUGGUCCGGUUAACAGAGGAAGGCAAAGAAUCAUUCAGGACCAAAUCAGUCGGAACGCAUGGUUACAUUUCACCGGAAUAUGCCUUGACAGGACGGGUGACCCGAAAGGCUGAUGUUUACAGUUUCGGAGUCAUCCUCAUGGAGCUGAUAACGGGCCAGAAAGCUCUAGACGAGAAGCGAUCUGAAGAUAAUCUCCACAUUUCCAUUUGGUUCCGGAAAAUGCUUGUCGAUAAAGACUCUUCCUCAAAGCUCAUUGACAUGACCAUCGAGGUCAAGGAAGAGACCCGAGGCAGCAUCAACGAAGUGGCUGAACUGGCCAGUCAUUGCUGCGCUAAGGAACCUGAACAGAGGCCAGAGAUGAGUCACAUUGUCUCUGUUCUUACCUCACUCACAGAACAAAAGUGGAUACCCAGUGAAUUGGAAGAGGACAAAGAUGGGGACGACACAACUUUUCCGGAACUUGUAAGUACAUGGAAGGAGCUCUUGGCGGGAUCUAGUAGUAGCAUUACCGUAGUAGAGUAG